AUGGAUUUUAUUACAAGCACAUAUUCAUUUACUCAUACUUUCAGAAGAUUAAAUGAUGGUCCAUUCAGUCAAGAAGAUUCCAAUGCAAUAUAUCGCUGUAUUGUUGAGGAUAAUGCAGAUGAAUUAGCAUCAAUUGUUUCAAACUAUCAAAAUGCCAGUAUUCCUCUUCGCACUCCCACAGAUUACAAGUACCCUGCUAUAAUAUCUAGUAGCCCAUAUGCUAUUCAUAUUGCGGCAUUUAUGGGUGCCGAAAACUGCUAUGAUUGUCUCAUUAAUAUGAAUGUCGAUGAGGAAGUUUGCGAUUCCUGUGGUCGAAAUGUCCGUCAUUUUGCUGCAGCUGGCGGGAAGAUGUCAAUCUUACGUAAAUUCUCAAAUUUUCAAGUUACAAAAGAACCUACUCCAUUAAGAAGAUAUCCCUAUUCAUACGAACUUGAUCCUAUGAUAUAUGCAAUUGCAUUUGGAAAUCUUGAUUGCAUUAAGUACAUGUGGUCCAAAGGCAUUGAUUUCUCAAGUGAGAACAGUCCUUAUAUUCAUGCUGCAUGUGCAUCUGGCUCCAUAGAAAUUGUCAAAUUUAUUUAUGAUCAGUGUCCAAACUUUUUCCAAAUUGUUGUACAAUUCAUCAAUGAUAAAAAUGGUUUAAUGUACGCUGCUUCCAGUGGCUCAGUUGACAUUGUCAAAUUUCUCAUUAAUUUGGAUGUUAAUCUCAACGAGAUUGCGUCAAAUGGCUACACUGCUAUUGUUAUUGCUGCCAGAGUUGGAUCUCUCUCUUGUGUUCAAGCCCUUAUUGAAGCCGGUGCCUCUUUCAACAUUCGUAACAGGAAGUACAACUGCUUUGUCGAAGCUGCGACUCAAGGUCACUUAGACAUUGUCAAGUACUUGAUUGACCAAGGAGUCAACAUCAAUCUCAAUACGAGCGAUAACUACGACGCAAUCACUUGUGCUGUUGAAGCCGGUAGAGUUUCAGUUAUCAAAUAUCUGCUGAUGAAAGGAGCAUCAUUCACUCCAUAUAAGGAUACAAUGGCAAAAACAACUCCAGAAGUAUAUGAACUUGUGAAGAACGAAAUGGGCAUAAAGGCGAAAACUGUUUCUAUAUUAGAGGCUGCUAUUGGAAUACAUAAUGUGAAGCUCAUCAAACACUUAUUAGAAAAUUAUGUAACGUUGAAAGACCUCUCCAAAGAUAAAAUUCAAGAGAUAUUUAAUAUACAGCAUUAUUACUUCAGAGGAAGAUUUAACCAUCAUGAUAUUUUCAAGGAAGUCUGCAGAACAAAAGGCUUUUUAUCAGCGAAAUCUGAUGAAAAGAAUAAUCCGAUCAAAUACUGUACGAACGAAAAGCAGCUAACAACCCUUCUCGAAUUGGGAUUCAAGCUUUCUCAGCAGGCCAUCAUUGAUGGAAAGAUGAUUGAAAAUUCUAUCACUAAGUACAGAAAUUACAAAAUUGUUAAAACACUACUUGAUUUUGUUGAUGAUGUAGAAUCACUAGAUCAAAGCGCGAUCCUAAAUGAACUCAUUUCAAGAUACAAUCAAAUUGAUGAUGAAUUCAAGAAAAUGAAUGAGUAUAUUAUUAAUAAGUUCAGAAACCAUAUCAAAAAUUUCAAAUUGGUAAGCAAUCAAUUGUUUAGAUAUCCAUAUUUUGAGGUAAUUUACGAUGCCAUGAAUGAAAGCGAUAGACAAAACAUAUUCUCAUUGACAAACAAAAGUCUCUCUUAUGAUUGCCUCAGCAAUUACGAGUAUAUGCUCAAUAACGGAUUUGAUGCGACAGAAACAGAUGAAGAGGGAAACUGCAUUCUUCACUAUCUACAUCAUGCGAAGUUUAAUUUGGUGGAAGAAUGUAAGAAGGUCAUUGACUUGUUCAUUGCACAUGGAUGUGAUAUCAAUCAAAAGAACUUAGAAGGAUUAAGUCCCAUACAACUUGUAAAGGAUAUAAAUGUGUUGCAAGCUUUGCUUGAAUAUGGAGCAGAUCCAAAUUCUGAAGAUUCAAAUGGUGUCAUAGUUUUGCAUAGAAAAUGCGGAUUUGAUAGAGCUAAAAUUAAUUUUCACAAUGUAAUCUUUGGCCGUUUUAAUAGAACAAAUCUGUAUGCUGUGAAACUUCUGCUAGAUUAUGGAGCAGAUUUGGAUAAAAAGACAAAGCUUAAAGAACCUCCAUUGUACUUUUGUAUCCAAAAUUCCCCGGAAAUCGCACUUUACCUCAUUCAGCAUGGAGCUAAGGUGAGUGAGUUCCCUGGCGGAAGUGCGAUUUGUCUAGCACGGGCAAGAGAAAUUGAUAGCUCUCACCCUGAUACUUUGAAAGAUUUAAUAGAUGUCAUUACUUCUAAACUUUAA